CAUGAGAUCACGGGUUCCUCUGCAGAUCCUGCUGUAUGCCACGGUCAUCAGAAGUCUGAAAGUGGUGUCCAAGCGCGGCUCAGUGGACGGCUGUACGGAUUGGUCUGUGGACUACCUGAAAUACAAAGUUCUGCUUGGGGAGCCUGUGAGGAUUAAAUGUGCUUUAUUUUAUGGAUACAUCCGUGCGAACUACACACAUGCUCAGAGUGCCGGACUCAGUCUGAUGUGGUACAAGAGCACGGGCUAUGGAGACUUCGAGGAGCCCAUUUCAUUCGACGGGAGCCGGAUGAGUAAAGAAGAGGACUCCAUCUGGUUCAGACCGGCCGAGUUACAGGAUGCCGGACAUUACUCGUGUGUGUUGAGGAACUCCUCGUACUGUAUGAAAGUGUCGAUGUCGCUCACAGUGUCCGAGAACAACAUGGGUCUUUGCUUCAACUCCAAGAUGAGGUACUUUGAGAAGGCCGAGCUGAGUAAGAGCAAAGACAUCCUCUGUCCUGACAUCGAUGACUACAUACAGACCGGAAAAGAGCCAGAGAUCACAUGGUACAAGGAAUGCCGGCCGAAGCAGUGGAGACAGAGCAUCGUGAGGAAGACGGAUGUGCUCUCCAUCAGAGACGUGCGGGAAGACGACAUCGGGAAUUACACCUGCGAAUUACAGUUUGGGAGUUUCGUGGUGAGGAGGACCACCGAGCUGUCCGUCACAGCACCGCUGACUGACAAGCCUCCCAAGAUCCUCUACCCGUCUGAAAAUAAGAUGAGCGUCAUGGAGAUGCAGCUGGGAAGCCCCAUGAACUUGACCUGCCGAGCAUUCUUUGGCUACAGCGGAGACGCGAGUCCUCUCAUCUACUGGAUGAAGGGAGAGAAGUUCAUUGAGGACCUGGAUGAAAGCCGAAUCAGAGAAAGUGAAAUCAAAACUAUUAGGGAGCACUUGGGAGAGCAGGAGGUGUCCAUCUCGCUGACCAUAGACGCCGUGGAGGAGACUGACCUGGGUAACUACUCCUGUUAUGUGGAGAACGGCCAUGGCAGACGACAAGCCAACAUCCAACUCAGCAAGAGGGCAGAACUCAUGUAUACAGUGGAGCUGGCUGGAGGUUUGGGAGCCAUUCUGCUGAUGUUGAUAUUUUUGGUGUCCCUGUAUAAGUGUUACAGAAUUGAGCUCAUGCUCUUCUACAGAAAUCACUUUGUCAGUGAGGAUGUGGAUGGAGAAAAUAAAGACUACGAUGCAUACGUGUCCUACACAAAAGUUGAUCCAGACCAGUGGAGUCAGGAAACCAGAGAGGAGGAACGUUUCGCUUUGGAGAUUCUGCCAGAUGUUCUGGAAAAGCAUUAUGGGUAUAAACUCUUCAUUCCUGACAGGGACUUGAUACCAACUGGAAGUUUCAGCAAUGAUCAUUUCCAGGACGACACAAGACUCCUUAGAGCGUAUAUUGAGGAUGUGGCACGCUGCGUUGACCAGAGCAAACGGCUCAUUAUCGUGAUGACGCCCAACUACGUGGUGAGGCGUGGCUGGAGCAUCUUCGAGCUGGAGACGCGGCUGCGCAACAUGCUAGUCAGCGGCGAGAUCAAAGUCAUCCUCAUCGAGUGCGCCAAGCUGCGGGGAAUCAUGAACUACCAGGAAGUGGAGGCCCUCAAACACACCAUCAAACUGCUGACAGUCAUCAAGUGGCCGGGACCAAAGAGCAGCAAGAUCAACUCCAAGUUCUGGAAGCAUGUGCAGUAUGAAAUGCCCUUUAAGCAUCCCGAGCCCAAGCUGUUGCAUGAGCAGGUGCUGGACGUCAGUGAACAGGGCCCAUACGGAGAGCUCCAGACCGUCUCUGCCAUCUCUAUGGCCGCGGCCACCUCCACCGCCAUGGCCACAGCACAUCCUGAGCUGCGCUCCACCUUCCACAACACGUACAACACGCAGGUGCGGCAGAAGCACUACUACAGGAGCUAUGAGUACGAUAUUCCCUCGUCCGGCACCCUCCCGCCGCUGUCCUCACUUGGCAGCCAGCACAUCUACUGCAACAUCCCCAUGACACUGCUGAAUGGCCAGCGAGUGCAGGGGAAGCCGGGCCGCGAGCAGCAGCAGGCCCUGGAGGAGCAGAACGUCAACAACGCCAUGCUGCCGCUGCUGCCCCGCGAGACCAGCAUUUCCAGUGUGAUAUGGUGAUGCUGGCGGGAAGAGACGUUUCUGCUAGUGGCACUUAUUAGGACCCUUACAAACUGCUGCUGUUGACUUUGCAACGUGAUUCACAUGCAGUGGGCGGAAACCGAAGGGACAGUUUGAGGGGACACUGAUAGCACAUGUACAUCGCAGAGAUGUCUAUUUGACAUCUGCAAUUACAUCUGCAAGAUGCAUUUUUUGGAGUAUUUGCUCAUUUGCAAUAUGUCUAUAGGAAGUUUCCUAUUAGAUGUCAAAUAAACAUCUUAAAAACAUCUAAUAGAUGAUCUUUGAUUUAGAAUGCGUGUAAAACUGAUAUCUUACAGAAGUCUGUCAGAUGUUUGUACAGCAGAUGCUUUCCAGAUCAAACGACCUUAAACAGACAUGCAGAUGUACAUGUGCUAUGUGGGGAGGUUAGUUCUCUCACAGACCGCUCCUUUAUACUCUCUCAAGGAAUACAGGGUCUUGUACAUAUGUUUGUGGUUUCUUUGUAUAAUUGGAUUUUUUUUUCUUUUGUUUUAUUUUUCAAAUGUUUGAUUUGUACUUUUCCCCUUCUAAAAUGACUGAGCAGAGACACAUGAGACAGAGUAAAAACUGACCUGUUGUGUUUUUCUCUUAACUUGUAGUUUUCAAGUACAAUACUUGUUUUUAUAGAAUUGAUGGCAUUGUGAGAUUUUUUUUUAUUGAUCAGUUGGUGAGGUGAUUUAAAACUUUGACGAAAAACACCAUUAUGCAAAUGCUUCUUAGGCCUGAAAGCUCUUCUUCUUCCAGAAUGAACGAGCGAGCAGAUGAAAAACUAGAUGUCGUUAUGACGCUCUAGUUUCUCUGCUGCUCUCUGUUUCUCUCUAAGCUACUGAGACUUUCCGUUUGAAAAGAAAGAUAACACAGCUUUGCUGUUCAGCUUGUUAGGGACAACUUAAGAAAAACUGUAUUAUUAUUUUAAAAGAAAAAAAAUAUAUUUUUUUAUAACAAAAGGAUUUGCUUGGAAAGAUGCACAGUAGGUCACAUUUAAUUCAUUUCAUUAAUAGAAGCACUGGAGCGACAUUUAAGCUCAUCAAUUUCAGAGAAAAAAAAACUAAUGUUUUGAUCAUGGUUGAGCAAGGGAAAAUCACUUGCUGUUUUUAUUUUCCCCACAAUGUUGGCAUUCAUUUCUGAGUGUGCAUAACGAUUAGCUAUGUAUUCAAUUUAUUAUAGUUAUCAAUAAUUCACAUCAGUAAAAGUGCUUACUAUAAA